GUCUGCUGGAUAAUGUAUGUAGGCGUUGUUCAGUGUGUGUGUUAGUGUGUGUGUGUGUGUGUGUGUGUGUGUGUGGGGUUGUUUGCAUGUGUGUGUGUGUGUAUGUACUGUAUCGAUUGAUGUCACUUGGAUUUUGCCUGAAAGUCUCAGUCUGUCUUUCCAAGAGGGGUUCAGAGGCUUCCGAGGACUUUAGGAAUCAGAAAUGCUGCUUCCAUCACAGGUCAGGAUGAUAUGGAGGCUGACAGACGAGCAGCAGAGGAUUUGACAGCAUCAGUAAGAUCUGUUUCCUGAGGCCUCACUGAGCCCAGGGAUGGCCUCCAUCCAAAUGAAAAGGAGUUUGUUUCAGGCCGAGUGUCUAGUCUGCGCACUUUUGAUGAUGCUAUGCUUGCGCCCAGCAACAGGAAUGUCAGGGUGGGGUGGCUGUUUGGAUGGCCAGGAUGUAUUUGCAACAGUCAGAGAAAACAGCUUUUGGGGGGAGGUUGUCACUGAGCUCAUGGCAGACACCAGGAUGGACGGUGUUCACUGGAGGCUGGAGGGAAAGGAUGCCAAUUGGUUCUUCUUGGACGAGAGAUAUAUCCGGCUCAACACAUCAGCUGACAAAAUCCUGGACAGGGAGGUCCAGGGUCCCUUUCUAACAGCUGAGCUGUCCUGUUAUGAGGAGGACAUAUUUCAGAGUGUGUACAGGAUCAUGGUGGAGAUUCUCAAUGAGAACGACAAUGCCCCUGUGUUUGCAGCAAACAGUAUACACUCUCUUACUAUCAGUGAGCUGACUCCAGUGAACACUGUGGUCUUCACUGUCCUGGCCACAGACGCAGAUAACGACAAGAUCAUUUACUCCAUCGAUCAGACCUCACCCGAUGCGGACUACUUCAAGGUCAUUCUCCCCAACAGCGGAGAGGUGAUCCUGUCCAAGCCUCUGGACUACGAGACCAUAACCACGCUCACUGUCACUAUCCACGCCUCGGUAAGCCAAGAAAUGAACACCGCCGAGCACUUCAGCACCAGCACCAACAUCACCAUCUUCGUCCUGGAUGGAGAUGACCAGUAUCCCCAGUUCCUGCCCUGCAUGCUCCUCCUUCAGAACGAGACCAAUCGUGUCUGUACUAGCCCUGUGUACGCCGUCAACGUCACAGAGGGGGAAGAGGACAUUGCGCUGGACUUUUCUCCUGGUCCCAUACAUGCAGUGGAUGGAGACAGAGGACUUAACUCUCGAGUCAGCUAUGCUAUUGUCUCAGGAGAUGAUGACGGACAUUUCCUGAUCGACAGAGAGACAGGAGAAGUAAAGCUGGUUCAUGGAGUGACAGACAGACUCACAAUGCCAUUGGUGCAUCUACAGGUCAUGGCUUAUCAAGACGACGACCCAAGGAAGUAUUCUCUUGCUUCAGUGUUGGUCCGAUUUGUGGCUCUAAACCAGUUUCCUCCUGAGUUUGAAAUGGCUGAAUAUCAAGGCUUUGUAACGGGAGGAAAGAGCCCCGUCUCUCUCGUCAACACCUACGGCAACAGAGCGUUGAUGUUGCAUGUUCACGAUCAAGACUUUAACCAUGGUUUUAAUCCCAUGAUAUACUACACCUUCAGUCCUAAAUCCAAACACACAGACAUCUACAGAAUCACACAGGAGGGUCUUCUGAUCGCCUGGACAGAUCAUCUCCAACCACAAGAGAAACAUGUCCUAGAGGUGAUAGCUGUUGACCAGGAAUCAGGUGAUGUCACUUUUGCCACUGUAGUGGUGAAGGUGUUAUCUGACGGACAACAAAUCCCUUAUGGUGCACUGGUGGAUGAGCAGCUGACAGGGUGCACUGUGGGUAAAGCAUUGUUUCUGAGCAUGGUGUUCAUGUGUGUAUUUGGAAGCAUAUUUUAUAUGGUCAUAUGGCUGAGGAGGAGACACAAAGGACAGCUGGAUCCACUGGAGAGAGGCUGUGUUGCUCAGGGGAAACACCCCAACGUGAGUUUACGCUGGUUCCAGCUGUUGAGUCACCGUAGCUCCAUGCAGCAAAUGGAGGAAGACCCCAUCAGCAGUGAAGAGUUAGGGACCUGCAAUCCGUCCUUCAGCUUCCCAGAUAACUCCAGCGUCUACACUCACCAAGACCUCCCUUCCUGCCAAGGAGCUGCUUCGACAAGACUGCCAGUUGCAUCGGACACCAGCUUCAUCCCCAUUGAACCUUUGAAUAGCCCUGUGAUCGUCAAUAAUAGUGUUUGUACACCGACCAAAAGCUCCUGCAGUUCACCCAUAUUUGAUCUCGCAAUUGCAAGUGUGAGCCCCAUCCUCUUUACUCGGGAAGCGGCUCCAUCCAAAGAAAACCUUGUAUCAGCCACAGAUACAUCCCCUGAACCUACCGAGGAGCUACCAAACACAAGACCUAGCUCCGCAACCCACGACGCCACUAGCCCUCCCCCUUUCACCUUUUCUGAUUCACAAACAACACAAAUGACCUCCAAUGACAACGACCCCACUGAACCUGUAACCAGCCCGUCCUCUCAGACCAGCAUUCCUUACAGCCAUGCUCGAAUUGCUUCCGCAGAAAUAGACAAACCUAUCCGCAAACCUCGUGUGAAGACCCCGCCGUACUCACCUUUGCUGUCCUCGCCCUGCUCUAAGCAAACAAGCAACCCCCCACCCACCCCAGAGGUUGCACCUGUAAAAGCCAAGCUUGUACAUUUAGAUAGCUCGCCCCUCCACACGCCCCCAGAGUCACCAGAGCGAACAAGUACGGGUCAAAGCGCAGAAGUCAGCGAACCCUGCACAUCACUGGACACACCAGAACACCACGGCGCAGCUGCAAACGCCGGUAGUCCGUCUGAGGACAGAAGGCCCUUCGAAAACAUGCAGGUCAGCCUCAUGACGAGGACGGACGACGGUGUUCCGAGAGAGGACGAUGCGGGCAAGAACAGUGACGGUGACGAUGACGAUGAGUUAGAGUCAGACGAAGAAGAACUUCUGAGAGUGAUGGCUCGCUGUAAUCCAAUUUUUAUCACAUUCAGUAAGUGACGUCACUAUGAUAUCGCAGGCACUGAGAAUGACGGGGUGGACGGCACAGGAUGGAGGAGGUAUGGUGAAGACGGAUGACAGCGGACACGUCAAGAAAGAAACACCAACAAGGUUCUACUGUACUGCGGGAACCUCAGAGGACAGCAUAUGUCCACAAGAUAUGCAGCACAUGGACCACAGAGGAGAAGACACGCACACAUUAUGUUAUUACUCUGUAUAAUGUAUAUGUAACAUAAACAUUUAACGACACACAUUAUAAGGUUUAAUGUUCUUCGAUAUAAACGAUAUAGUUCAGCAAGAGGACAGGACAUUUAAUCCACUGUUUUAAAAAAAAGAGAUCUGUAGAUAAUGAAUAUAUUUUCAAGGAUACAAUACACGCAUUCUGUGCAAGUCUAGUACAAGUAAACAAACCUGAAAGAAUCAGUCAUGAUUUAUAUUGUCUGCAAAUGUUUACGAAUAAUACAACAUUGUGUUUGUGUUUUUAAAAGGUAAAUCCACAUACAAUCGCAUAUUGUAGGAAAAUGUUUCUCUGCUGCUCUAUGAAAAAAAAAAAUCACAGAUCAUCCAUCAUAAGCAGUUUAGUGCCCUGUGAGGUUACAUGUGGAUUUGCCUUGUUUAAAGGCUUUAUAUGCGAUUUUUUCACAUUUAAAUAUAAAUCAAGUAUCUCCUCUGAAAAUAACUCUGUGAGUCAUGACUGUCUACAAUGGGUGUAACACCCGAGUCCCACUGUCUGUGAUGUUUUCAGAGUUUUCAGAGUCCUAUCUUCAGUUUGUUUACAUCGCCAGGACGGCCGGCUGACUCCUCCCCUCGCGAAUAAAAGUUGUUUAAUUGAGGGACUAGAGAAAAGAAGAAUAACAUACUGUACUCACUGCUUAACUGUGUUUCUAGAUCACGCUCAUUUCAGGUAAAUUUACAUGCAGUGUGAAGAUACGAGCAUAAUAAAGAUCGCUAGCAUUAGCAUGCUAACACAACAAUCCAGCGCGAGUUGUUUUGGUUUCAUGCUGGUGCUCAAGGGCGACAUCUGCUGGAUCAAAAAAUAUAUAUUUACGCAUAUAAAGCCUUUAAUAGCUGCAGGUAUGUACAAAACUCUCACAUAUAGUGUUCAGCAGCAUUUGUUAUUUUGUUAUGCCUACUCUUCAAGCUGCCUCUGUUUUUCCUUUGAAAAUUAAAAUUUCUGUCCAACUUAAAAAA